GUGUCAUAGAUCAUGAGUGAGAUGCCAGGUGACUGCUUCGAUCAGUUGAAAGAAAGUUGAAAAUAUAAAUAAAAGAAAUUUAUAUCGAGUAAUUGUAACUAAUUGAUGUUGAGAGAAAAAUAAAUAAUGAAGGAAAACGUUGUGGGUUGAUAACGGUUUAAUCACGUAAAUAUAUAAAGUGGAGAAGUAUACUUAGGAACGGUAUAUAAGAAACCUGAGUUUCAGAAUCGACCAGUUUAAAGGUUAAGAAGGCCUCUCUCUUUAAAGAAUAACAAACAUCACUUGCAAUGCACGGCAGAGUAAAGGUUCGAACGAGUGCGGAACAAGAGGCACUGAAAAAGAAAGAAAGGGCUAAACGACUCGCACAGUAUAAAGUGAACAUGAGCAUGGUAUUUCAAAAAAGAAAAGAUCAAAUUUAUGAUGAUGAGUUAAUGAAGAUUACAGAGCGUUUGUUAUUAGAAAAUCCUGAUAUUUAUACUUUAUGGAAUAUUCGCAGAGAGGCAUUUACAAACAAUGACUGGAACGAAGAUGUUUUGAAAGAAUUAUAUCAGCGUGAAUUAACGCUGACCGAAAACUGUCUGAAACUAAAUCCUAAAUCGUAUUCUGCAUGGCAUCAAAGAAUAUGGAUCAUGGAUCGUAUGGAUGAACCUAACUGGAAAAGAGAAUUAAUGUUGUGUGCUAAGUACUUGGAUUUCGAUGAAAGGAACUUUCAUUGCUGGAAUCAUAGAGCAUUUGUCGUACAAAAAGCAGAAAUUUCUCCUGAAGAAGAAUUUAAAUUUUCUACCUCAAAGAUUCUAAAUAAUUUUUCUAAUUAUUCUUCCUGGCAUUACAGGAGUCAACUCUUAUCAAAAAUAUUUAACGAUUACACGCAACAGAGUAUUGAUGAGAAAAAGAAAGAUGAACUGGAAUUGGUAAUGAACGCCACAUUUACAGACCCUAACGAUACUAGUGCCUGGUUUUAUCAAAGAUGGUUAUUAAGUACUCAAGAAUUAUCUCCCUCUCUUUCUCAAGCUUUAUUGAACGACAAUAAUGUGAUUCUUUUUAUCAACCAAAAUGUAUCGAUAGAAUCGUUAUGUUUGCGAAUAAACAAUGAAAAUGAGAAUGUUUCGUGGAAAUCUUGGCAAAAAACAAAAUUUUCUAAAUUGUGGUUUGGAAAAUUCGAAAAGCAAUUCAACGAAAUAAAGGAAGUCCAGAUCGAUAUCAACGGACACCGUUACCCUUUACACUAUUUUAAUCAAAAGUGGAUUUAUAAAAAAAAGAAAUGUAAAUCUUGUUGUAACGAAGACCAGUUGAUGGAACAAUUAAUGAAUUAUAAGCAGCUCGCAGAACUGGAACCUGAUAAUAAAUGGGCUCUUCUUACUGGUGUACAUUUGAUGAGAAAAAUCGAUUUCGUAAAAUUUCACGAUGAUAUUUUGUCGAGUUUGAAUGUUCUUCUUAAUAUCGAUCCUCUUCGGUCUAAUUAUUAUAGAGAUUUACAAAGUAAAUAUGUUAUCGAGUACAAAUUGCACAGUUUAUGGAACAUGGAAGGAGAUCAGGAAAUAAAAUCAGAAAUUGAUCUUUCAGGAUUAAAUCUAACAACAUUGAGUAAUAAUGAAUAUCUUAGUUUUUUUGAAGAAAUAAAUCUUGGUGCAAACUUUUUAUCAAACUCUAUGCAUCAGUUGUCUUUUCUGCAAAACUGUACAAAAUUAUCAUUGUCGAGUAAUCAGUUGGAAAGUCUGCAGAAAUUUCCUACACUACAAAAUCUCGAGGUUUUGUCAUUGAGAAAUAAUAAACUGAAAGAUUUGGAGGAAAUAUCACAAUUACUAACAAGACACAAAUUGAAGUCCCUUGAUUUGAGAGAAAAUCCUGUUUGUAAUAUUAUAGAAUUGAAGAGUACUGUUACGGAAAUUGAUCCAGAUUUAGAAUUAUACAUAGAUUAAUUUUAAUAACCUAUAUAUAUAAAUUAGAACGUAUUUCUAUAAAUAUGUAAUAAAAUAAACAUUUAACGUACGGUUAUGGGACGCAUGAA